AUUUCCCAAACAUCUAUAUCAAGUGUUCAACUUUGCGUCAGUCGAGCAACUCCAUCAUGAGAAUACUUCUCUGCGUCGUCUACGCGGUUGGUCUUGUUCAGGCGGCCCUGCCGAGAAGGCCGGCACUGUGAUGAUCCUCAGCACGCUCACCACCGCGUCUCUGGAGGACGUGCGGAAAGCGGCUCCCCACGCCGUCCUCUGGUACCAGCUCUACAUAAUCCGGGACCGGGAGCUGAGCAGGAGACUCGUCAAAAGGGCCGAGCGGGCCGGCUACAGCGCCAUCGUCCUCACUGUGGAUUCGCCCACCUUGGGCCGAAAGUUCUCCGACGUCCGGGGGCGUUUCCGCUUGCCCAGCCACCUCAAGUUGGCCAACUUUAAUGCGAAGGAGCAGGCCACUCUGACUCUCUGCGGUUCGGACCUGCAUGUGUUCGGUAACUCGCUCCUCGACCCGUCCCUGACUUGGACCGACGUUCAAUGGCUAAAGAACAUAACCCACCUUCCGAUCAUUCUCAAGGGAAUCCUAACCGCCGAGGACGCUGUCCUUGCUGUGCGCAGUGGUAUUCCUGCUAUCAUUGUCUCCAAUCAUGGUGGCAGACAACUUGACGGAGUAGCGUCAACGAUAGAAAUUCUGCCGAAGAUUAUGCGUGCUGUCCAUGGACACAUCGAUGUGUACUUGGAUGGCGGUGUCCGUCAGGGUACAGACGUCGUAAAGGCACUAGCUCUCGGAGCAAAGAUGGUCUUUGUUGGUCGUCCCGCCCUCUGGGGGCUGGCGUACAAGGGUCAGCAAGGCGUGGAGGAUAUGCUGCGAAUGUUCAGGGAAGAGAUUGACAGAGCAAUGGCGCUGAUGGGGUGCCCCACCUUGGCCGAUCUUCAGCCGCAGAUGGUGGCCCGGAGAGAAUACUACGCCUCCCUUUGAGUGGACUCCCGUCUU